AAUUGUUCAUUUUAAGAUAGCCGCGCUCAAAGCGUAUUCCUUGGGUGAUCUGGCUGUAACGCUCUAGCUCGGCAACACGAGAAUGUCUUUGGAUAAGGUUUUGCAGGAGCUGGCCUCUGAGGGCACGCCUAAGCUGAAGCACAUUGACCAAGUUGCAGAUCGCUCGACACCUGCGAUAGGACCAGAUGCUCAUGUUGGCCACUGGGAUAAGGGCCAGUUCCUGAAGGAAGUUGAAAGCGGCUGUCCGCUGAAGCACGUGGAGGACCCGAAAGACCGCAGCGAGCCCCGUAUUGAAGGCAAGUGCACCCGCAUCAUCCCCCACUUCCAUCAUACCUCCACUUCCAUACCUGCAACAAGCCGCGGCCACCUCUCGUGGAUACCCACUAACGCUUGCGCCUCCCUUCUUGCACCUGCAGCAGACGUGCAGCUGCAUCCCUCCAACCGCGCAGCCCACCUGGCAGAGGUGAAGGCGCUGGGAGGGCACCACGCGCUGCUCAGCGAGCUCAGCGCCGCCAGCCAGGCGGGCGGGCCCGCGCUGGCUCACGUGGAGGCGCCCGCGGACCGCAGCGCGCCUGUGGUGGAGGGAGCGCAUGUGGGGAAGUGGGACAAGAGCGGCUUCCUGCAGGAGAUCCAGUCGCCCCCGCAGCUCAAGCACGUGGAGCGCACCGCCGAUCGAAGCGUGCCCAAGGUCGAGCCCGGCGUGCAGGUGAAGCGCAACAGCCACCACGAGCUGCUGAGCGAGAUCAGGACCAGCAGCCCGCAGGCGCUGCGACAUGUACAGGACACGGCGGACCGCAGCGAGCCCCGGGUGACCCACACGGCCGCACUCCGGGUGACCGCCGAGCGGCAGUGAUGCGGUGGUGGCACCCAUACACAUGCACCCACUUCGUCGUGCUGCCGCUGCUGCUGUGCGACUGUGGGUGGUGGAAUGUACAACGUGCGGUACACGUCACGUGUGCCACCAUGUCGGUAGAUUGACUAUUCGCAGGAGCUUGUGCUUGUGCAAGGAGGGCGCCGGAGGAGAAAACCGCCAUAGGUUGCCGGCAUAACUGUGCGGCCAGUUUUUGUAAGA